GCCCCGGCUCCCCGCUCCAAGUUGCUGCGGCCGACGGGGAGGACAAGAUGGAGGAGCAGCAAGUGGCGGAGGCCUCGCACUGCGCGGAUGACUUGCGGCUACCGCUGCGGAAUCUGGUGCAGGGACUGCGGGAAGUGGCGUCGCAGCUGCGAGAGGGAGAAUCGUGGACAUUGGAAGAUUUUGACUUGCAAUUCUUCUGGAAAACUCUAGGUGAGUGUUUCAAAGCAGUAUCUCAGGAAGCCACAAAGCUAAGUUUGGCUUUUUCAAAGCCACCUCUGCCAUCUGUACAAGACUGCCAGAAGCUCACUGCUGAAAUUCAGAAGAGCAUCCUUAAUGUAGCCAGUGUGUAUUACUGGUUACCAAAGAGUCAAGGCUUGACUUUACGUCGAUUAGUUCGAAAUGCCACCAAGGACGUAGUGGAGGGAGUUAUUCAACUAUUGAAUGUGAUACUGAGCACACCACUUCAAAGUUUGUCCCAGGACCAACUGACAUCCACGGGUGGAGUCUGGGAAGCGUGUGACAGGUUUUCCAAGAUACCAAAAGAUAAUCAUGCAGCUGUUCUAUCCCUGAUGUCCACUUACUCUGCUAUUGUCGAAGAUGCUUUGGAAGAAAUGAAACAGGCUCAACAUGCAGAUAAUGCAGAUCCAUUCAGUAACAUUUUUGAAGAUGACGAUUCCUACUUGCGAGAAAAUCGGGACACUUACUGGUCAGAAGAAGACAAACAGGUCAUAGCUCCUUGUUUGGGACUACUGAAAGCAGCCAAAGCAUGUUUGAAAAAAGUCUCCGAAGCUGUUAAAAAUCAUGGAAAGGUAGACACGUUGCAAAACAUAACACAGUUGGAUGAUCUGGGUGAUGUCACCAAUGAAAUUAGCCCCAGUGUUGAUGAAUUGGUCUUAAGUCUUUAUCCUCCAAUGAAUUAUAUCACUGUUCAAAUGAAUGCUGUGAAGGUUGCUUCUGUGUUGAAAAAAUCACUGGAAAUAACCAAAUCCAGUCACGUGUGCCUCGAAUCAGAGAGCAACUGGUUGCAGUUCUUAAGCGGAGCAAUUGAUCACAAUAUGGACAAAGUGAAAGAUUUAACACAUGGUUCUUAGCUUGUAAAAGGAGUUUACCGUUACCUGUCACUUACAGAGAACAAUAAUGGACUGAAAAAGCAUAUGUUUGUUCUAUUCAGGAAACUCAACCGGUAAAUAAACACUGUGGUCAAUACUUUAAUUGUCGAUAUGACUGUGUUUGUAUGCCUGUGAUCUAUCUCCAGGGUAACCAAAGCAUCUUAAUUUAAAAAUUGUCUGAAUAUUGAUUCUUUAAAUGCACUCUGAUCUAGCAUUGUUGUAUAUUGGCAUGAAUUCUGUUCUGAAGAAGAAAGAGUGCCUUUUGUUCUUUGAAAAUUGCAGUAAUAUUUUAACAUCAAAUCCAGAUUUAUUUUAGUUUUUGAGAUAGGUUUUAUCUUUCCAUCAGAAAUGCACAAAAGUCUUCUGUGUCUAAUAAGAUUUACUAUGUAUUACUUUAGUCUAAAUUAGUCCAGUUUCCAUAAGAUGCAUGAUCACAGCAUAGAAUAUAUUUAGUUUAGUUUUGAGACACUGCAUGGAAAUAGGCUCUUCAGCCCACCAAGGCCCUACCAACCAUCAAUCACCUGUUCAUACUUGUUCUAUGUUAUUUAACUUGCAUUCACUCGCUACACAUGAGGGGCAAUUUGCAGAGGCCAAUUAACCUAACAUCCCACAAGUCUCUGGAAUGUGAGGAAACCCACACGGCCACAAUGACAACAUGAAAACUCCACACAGACAGCAUCAGGGGUCAGCAUUGUACCUGGGUCUGUGGUGGUGUGAUGCAGCAGUGCUACCAGCUGCACCACUGCACCACCUACAUCUUAUCUACUGGGGUAAAUUAUGGAAUUUAAUUCAUGGGCAGAAGGAUAACAUUUAAGACAGUCAGAAAGUUUGCUGUGAAAUUAAGUCUUCCAUAUAGACUAAAGAAAAUGUACAUUUUUUAUGAGCUUUAUUAAAGUUUAUUCUGUUCUUGAUUAUCAAAUUGUAUUAUUGUUUUUUUAACAUCUUGUUCUUGUCCUGUCGAAAUUCACAGUUUGGAAUUUUGAACAAAGGUUUGACUGAUUUGAAAUUAAAGACCAUAUUGCACAAUG